CUUACGUACACGUCGGGAGGUUGACGAGCGUAGCGUCCGCAUCCAGGUGAUAAGCUUGGUUUGACGCGUGCUUGGCUGCCUCCACCCGCCCGCGCAGCGAGGCGACAAAAGCAGCCCUUGCUGACACUCGAGCACAUUGCUCCAGGGGCAAGAUGCGUCGCCUCGCCGUCGCGCUCGCAUUGCAGACCACAACCGCCCUCCAGACACCAACAAAAAAACCACUGCCGCUAAGGAUCGACGGCGAAUGGUACGACGCGCGCCACUACGCCGAGACGACGCACGCCGGCGGCCGGUGGCUCGUCGAGUACGCCCGCGGGCGCGACGUGUCCUUCCUCUUCAAGUCCAUCCAUUCUUUGAACGAGGAGAAGGCGCGGAACGCGCUCCGGAAGCUGCCGAAGAUCGACGAGCCCCGCGACGCGGCGCCGUACGGCUUCGCGCUGGGCGAGGAACCGGACGAGGUCGAGAUCGACUCGCCGUUACGGAAGGAGCUCCGCGCGCUCGUCCGACGGAGGUUCGGCACGGACCCCGACGCGGCGAAGGCGACGCCUGGGCAAUGGCUGCGCAUCGGCCUCUUCGGCGCGCUGACGGCGUCGGCGUGGCUGCGGUGGCUGCAGGGUUCCGUCCUCGCGACGCUCGUCCUGCCCUUCGCGGCCUGGCUGCUCGUGGCCCACACCGCGCACGACGCCACCCACGGUAGUCUCUCGAAGCGGCCCUGGGUGAACUACUGGCUCCAGUUCACGGCGCACCCGCUCUUCUUCAACGUCUUCGUGUGGAUCCCGCAGCACCUGCACAGCCACCACCAGUUCACGAACGAGCACGACUUCGACGUGGACCUGCACCACUUCGCGCCGGCGGCGCUGUCGCCCGAGACGCCGAUUAACGACAAGUUCAACGAGGCCUGGACCUUCUGCUGGAAGGGGUGUUUGACGACGCUCGGCACGUCGCUGCUCCAGCCGCUGCGGACGCUGCUCGACAAGCCGACGCCGAACUUCGACGUGAACAUCACGCCCGUGCCCGACGACGUUUCCAAAAAACAGCUCUGGCUCUCCGUGGCGCCGACGAUCUUUUGCCUCGUGUAUCCGCUGCUGGCGUUCGGCGUCGGAAGGGGGAAUUGGGGCUUGGCGGUACUCGAGAGCCUGUACCCGUUCGUGGGGGCGUCGCUGAUCUGGACGGCGAUGACGCAGACGAGCCACGUCCAGGACGACUGCCACCAGCCCGUCGCCGAGGACGACUGCUGGACCGCGCGGCAGAUCGCGCACUCCUACGACUACUCGGUGCACAAUCCAAGAGAGCGGGAGCUCGUUGCCAUGCUGACCGCGGGCCUCAACAUGCAGUCCCUGCACCACGCGAUACCGACUGUGGCGCAAUCGCGCCUGGCGGGCCUCUACGAGGAGUACGCCGAGAUCGCGGCGCGCCACGGCGCGGCGCCGCGGACGUCGCGCAACAUCCUGACGGCGUCGCGCGAGCUCCUCGAGUACCUCUUCGAGAACAACGCGCCCGUGCGCGCCGCGGAGGCGGUGCCCGUGGCGAGGUAAUGUUAGUUUAUUU